AUGGCCUGGAAGGCCUUGAGUCUGGCUACCAACUGCGCCUACCCAGCAAUGGUAGUCCUCUCAGAGUCGAUGGAGCCUACCUUCUCCCGAGGAGACAUCAUCUUGCUUGCCAACUGGCAAGAAGUCGAGGUCGGCGACAUCCCGGUGAUUUGGUUUCAGGGACAGCCCCUCCCUAUGGUGCAUCGAGCCGUUGAGAUCCUGUUUGAUGUUCACCAGGAGCGGUUGAUCUUGACAAAGGGCGACAACAACGAAGUCAACGAUGUGGUACUAUAUCCCUUUGGCCAGACACACGUACGCCAAGACCAGGUGGUUGGGCUCGUGCGAGGCUCUUACACGGUCAUCACAAGCUUCAUAUUCAUGCUCAUACUUCCCAACAUCCUCCUCGGACAGAGUCGCUCAGUGCUAUGCGACAAGCCAAAGACACGAAGGAGGGUAUACUGGCCUCAGUCACAGACCAUCUCAGCGGCAUGCUGGAUUUGGAACAACCCUCGUCAUCUGACCUUUCGCCUUAACACCACGGCGACAUGGUCUUCUCGCGCUCUUUUCAUCAUUCGGCGAGCAUUGAAGGUCGGCCUGCUUCUCGUCGCCAACAGCUUUGUGAAUAAAGCCCACAUAUACCUCAAAGCCGACCUCUUAGACUUUACUCCGGAUAAAUAUCCAAUCAUCCGCCCCAUCAUCUCACAAAUAGUCUUCGAUUGCAGCCGUGAUGACUGCACAUACAGCCCGGUAUCACAACGCCAAAUCUUCCUACGUAUCUUUACGGUCUUCUCCUGGAUAUGGUCCAAUUUCCUCAUCCUCGAAUCAUACCAUGCCAUCCUCUCCACAACUUUCGUCCUCCUCGGCAUCGACAACCCGGCAGACUGGCCACCUCUCUUCGGCAGUAUAACCGACGCCUGGACCGUCCAACGUUUCUGGGGCCGCUUCUGGCACCGGAUCGCGGCGCCCACGCUCACAACAUGGACACACACCAUUCUGCGGAUCAAGGACGAGUCGCAGACCACGUUCGAAAAAGCGGCCGUCGCAUUUGGCGUGUUCUUCCUCUCUGGGAUCAUGCAUAUGACGGCUGCCUGGAGAACCGAUGAAGGAUACGUGCACUUGGAUGUAAUGUUCUUUUGUGCCAAUUUCUUUGCGAUCGCGGUUGAGAUCGUGGUGUCCCGCGCGUGGAUGCAGGUGGUCAGACGAGCGAAGCUGAAGCCUGGGGCGGAAGCACGGGUGUGCCUGGCUAGUCAAUGGCUUGGCUACUUGUGGACCUUUGCGUGGUUCUUUUGGAUGGCACCGAGGUGGUUGUAUCCUAAGACGCUGCGGUGGUUGAUCAAGCAGGCACUGACACAGACUCAUACGCAGUUGUGA